UAUGAAGAAGAUGUUGACGACGCAGUCGCAGACGCUGUCGACGUUGACGUCGCUGCCGGCAACGAACUCGUUUCAAUUGAAGCGCUGCGUCAAUUGCGACGUCGUCUCCAACCAGACCACACAACUGAAAUUCAAUUCAAUUUCAUUUGGCUUUCGAGCGCAAAACCGAGCACAUUUCAAUCAUCAUCAUUAUUAUCAACGUCGUAUUCUGAUCUGUUGUUUUAUUCGUUUCUCGUUUCGUUUGUUGCAUUCCCCCGAUAAAGCCAACAACAACAGCGAAAAAUGGAGCAGUGGAAUAAUGUGGAGCUGACGAGCAUUACCAAAAAGUCAUACACCCUGAAUCACGAUUACGACGAUGCCGCCAAGCCGAACAAGGCUAACGACACCGACUCAGCUCCCCAAAAUUCCAAUGGCAACAGCAACGGUAACGUCAAUGACCAGGUGGCGUCGUCGGAUGGCGAUAAAGUGCUGCAACCUGGCUCGGAUAUCAAGCCCAAGAUGCGGCCAGAAGAUGUCGAGCCGUUGGUACGACGUCUAUACGGAAUUACCGUCAGUGAGCUGAAGGAACUCAUCUCCUACGAUGACCGCAACUACUUGAUAAAGGAAGAUUGCAAUGUAAAGAAUCCACUAAUUGUCACUCAUUGCCCGUUGGGGUAUGUGUUGAAAAUUCUUAAUGCUUUGGACUCGAAAAAAGAAGAAUUCGUGGAUGCUCAGAACCAACUGCUGCUCUACCUUUCCAAACAGCAAGUAAAGUGUCCACGUCCUAUUGCCAAUGCACGCGGCAAAUAUUAUUCGGUGGAGCAGCUCAAUGGCAAUGCACAUGUGGUGCGUCUACUGGACUUCAUACCGGGUAAAAUGUUCCAUGAGGUCGAGGUGACCAAGAAUCUGCUCUUUCAAUGCGGCGAGUACUUGGCCAAAUUGGAUCGUGCUCUCAAGAACUUUACUCAUAAGGCCUACGACACGCACAAGACCCUGUGGAUGCUGCAGUCGGUGCCGCAGUUGCGAGAUUUCCUCUACGCCCUUCAGGAUCAUCAGCGUAAAGCGUUGUGCGAGGAGAUCAUUGAGGCAUUCGAGUCAAAGGUGUUGAGUGUGUUGUCCACGCUGGAGCUGCAGAUCAUACACGGCGACUACAACGAGCAGAAUAUUCUGGUUAGUUCAUCAAAAGACGGAACACUGGAUUCGUAUCGCGUCACAGGCGUCAUUGACUUCGGUGACACGAAUCGUUCGCCGUUGAUCUUCGAGUUGGGCAUUGCCAUGAGCUACAUGAUGCUGCAAGCCAAGGAUUUGGCUAGCGGAGGCAUUUUCCUCGCUGGCUACACCAGCAUUCAGUCAAUUAGCGCCACAGAGCGCAGCUAUCUCAAGUAUUGUGUGGCGGCUCGUCUUGCCCAGAGUCUGGUGAUGGGCGCCUACACGCAUACGCUGCAUCCGGGCAAUGAUUACGUGUUGGUCACGCAGGCCCAAGGCUGGAUACUGUUGGAGCAGUUGUGGCGCGACAGUUUCGAGUCCAUCGAUGAACUGUGGCAGACAACGGCUCAUCAGUAUCUCACGCAAAGCAAUAAGUAAUCCACAUCCAAGUCCGUCCAAUAAGCAACUGUCAACUUUUGUCAAUUAGUAUUUUGAGCCUUGUCAAGUUUUAAGUAUUGAAAAUUUGCAUUUUACUUUAUUAUUUGUAUGUAUAAUUAUUAUAUUAUUACUGUUU